CAAAAAUUUUCAAACACAGAUGGAGGGAAACCCCUCCGACCCCUCAGUAUCAGUCUCAUAAUUCCCCCAAAUUUCAAACCCUAAUUUCCCAUCUCUUCAAUUUCUUUUAGUUUCCAAUGGCCGACGUCCUCAGCCCCGACCCAACCGCCACCCAGAAGCAGCGCCUCCCCAUGGCCGCCCGCCUCCAGUCUCCGACCAGCCCCUUCUUCCUCGGCUCCAACGACGACCACCUCGAGCGUGCCCAGGCACGCGCGGCACGCGCCGCCGCGAUUCGGAGAAAGUCCGUCGCCCUCAACCGUCAGCCACAUCUUGAUGGUUCCGAUUCCGAUCCCGGCCUCGAUAAGCAGCAGAUCCUUGAGCUCUUCCAGAAUUGUAUCAAACUCGCUAGCGAAAAUAAAAUUAAUCAAAAGAAUACGUGGGAGCUGAACUUGAUUGACCACUUGGCGGAGCUUGUCAAGGUUGAAGAGGAAAAGGAUGCGGAGACGAAUUUUCAGAAGGCAAGCUGUACUUUGGAAGCUGGAGUCAAGAUUUACUCCUUAAGAGUUGAUUCAGUUCACUCCGAGGCAUACAAGGUUCUUGGUGGGAUGAAUCGAGCAGGACAAGACGAUGAACAAGAUAAAGGUAUGGGAGAAGCCAAUGCUGACAAUGAACCAAAUAUGGCUACUUCCAAGAAAGAGAGAAAGAUGUCACCUUUAUCGACACUGGAGUCAUCUUUUGAGGCUCUAAAUGUGAAGAAGUUUGAUGUUGCAUUUGCAGUUGAUCCACUUUAUCAUCAGACAUCCGCACAAUUUGAUGAAGGCGGGGCCAAGGGUCUUUUAAUGAAUAAUCUUGGAGUAUAUGGUAGAUGCAGAGUGCUCUUUGACUCAUCGGAGGUACCAGGGAAGUGCAUAUCAUCGGAUAAUCAACAUGAUAAACCAGAUACCAUUGAUCUUUCUUUUGCUAGGGAAUAUGUUGAAGAGAUGGUAUUGAACAUGCGGACGAAAGAUGAAAUUUCACCAACUCUCAGGCAUUUGGUUGAUAGAUUUGAUGAAGAUAACAGAAGGCCAUUAGAUACAUAUACAUGUGCUCAGGAAUCGGCAGAGCAAGAUGAUUCUACCUGUAAUAAUGACAUUGACAUAGAUGGUGAUGCAUCUCACAACGAUGGGACCUGGGAUUAUGAUCACGAUGAGCAAACAAGCAUGGUGGAGGAGGAACAUAACUAUGAAAAUACAAGUUUUCCCAGUUACCACGAGGAAGACGAACCAAGUUCUUUCCAUGGACCUGAUUUUGAUGACAGACUUGAGAAAGUUGAUGGUUUUUUGUUUUUAAGUCUUGGAUUCACUUCCAAACAAAAUGCUUGGGCAGGUCCUGAUCAUUGGAAGUACCAAAAAACAAAAGGUUCCGAGGUCAAUACUCUUGCAGAACCACCAUUAACAGUUAAGCGACAAAGAAGCAAACAACAGCCUGAUAUUGAUUUCACUAAAGCCUUGGAAGAAGAAAUGUCUGAUCUAUUUGCUCCCCCCAAAAACCCCAAGUCGUUGCUGUUGCCUGCAAAUAGAGCAAUUUGUAGUACAAAACUUCCUGAGGAUUGCCACUAUCAACCAGAGGACCUUGUCAAAUUAUUUCUUCUACCCAAUGUAAAGUGCCUUGGAAGGAGAGGGAGGAAGUCUUCAGAUCAAUCAAGGCAACAAUAUGAGUAUUAUGGGCAAGCUUCAUUCUGCGAUGAUGAUGGUGGCCAGUAUGAUGAUGGCCAAUAUGAUGAGGGGAAUGUCCAUAGUGAUGUCGAGGACUUUAGCACACUUGUUUCUCAACCUCGCCAGGUAAACAAAAUUGAAGUCCAGUAUGACAAGACGUCCAAACAAGUUGAUGUCCAGGCUUUGAAAGAAACCCUUUGGGGCCAUGUACAAGAAACUGUUCAAAUGUCUACUCAGGGUGAAGAACAGGUGGUGUCCUUCAAGCAAAUACUGGGUAGCUUUCCUAGUGACUCCAGAGCUGCUCCAACUAUCAAUGACAUCUCCCCUCAUCUGUGUUUCAUAUGCCUGUUGCAUUUAGCCAAUGAGCAUGGGUUGAAGAUCCUUGGCAAUACCAAUCUGGAUGAUCUCAGUGUACACCUACCUCUCUUGUAGUGAAACAUUUUAGUGGAACCGUUGGGAGCAAUUGUUUGACUGUAAUUUUGUAUGCUAUUGGGCUUAGCUCAUAGUCCUAUUUAUUAUUGG